AUGGACUCGUCAGAUCACCAGGGUCCAAGUCAAAACCCGUACCCAUACGACACGAGCCGCAUCAGUGAACUGCUUAAGCGCAAGCGCCGCACUCGGGGCAUCAAGUCAUGUUUUCCCUGUCGGCAUAGGAAAGUCCGCUGCGAUGGUAAUACACCAUGUUCCAGCUGUGUGCAGCGGCAUCAUCCAGAGCUAUGCUGUUUGCCCUCCUCUAGCUCAGGGCAAGAGCCGCCUGCUUCCGAAGGGAAGGGAAGCGCUUCUAUGAAUGGGGAUAGGGAUAAUGAAGUCCACAACCACAGCAAUAAUCCCAGAGGAGACCAAAGAGCAUGGUCAAGCGAAAGUGCUAAUUAUCCCCCAGGGAUUGAUCUCAUCCUCAGCCGACUGGAGAAAAUGGAUAAAGAGAUAUCUUCUCUCAAGGCCGAGCUUAGGCAGACCCAGUCAAACUCCGGGUCAGGCACAAUUGUGCAACCUAAUCCGGCAUCUACUUCACAAACCCCGUAUAUGCGGAAGGGGUCAACACUUGCGAAAUCGCCCGGAAAGCACUUCGUCGAAGACGCUACCGGUGCCACCAUCUUCCUGGGCAGCCAUUCUGACCCGCCAGUAGCUCUGGGAUGUCGACAAGCUGGGAGUGGCUCAAUGCUAGAUGAUACGAUGCUGCUGGAUCAACUUGUUCCACGGACAUAUCCCUUCACGAAUUUGUGGAAGCCGGAGCCUGGGGCAGGUGAGAUUUAUGAGACUUUACCUGACGAAUCGGAUAUUAUUCGAUACUGGCAAGUCUACCAAACCAGCGUACAUCCUUUUUAUCCGGCAUUGGUAACAUAUGAGCAAUUCAAUAUCUCGUUGUUCGGAUUCCUCAACAAGCGCUCUAGUACUAUGCUGGAAAAUGAGACCUCGGUGUUAGACGACACGGAUUCCUCUUGGCUAGCACUGCUUUUUGCUGUCCUUGCAUGUGGAGUCCAGUUCUCGAAUGAUCCAAUCAAGGAACGAGACCUACGCUGUAAGGUAUUCAUUUGCUCGUCUUUUCAAUGCCUCCGGGCCUCCAAUUUCUUCAACAACACCAACAUGGACCAAAUCCAAGCGAAGGCGUUGAUCGGACACUGCCUGCGCAACAAUCUCGAUACUAACAGCGCCUGGAUAUUGAUGGGGUCAACGAUACGUCUUGCGCAGAGCAUCGGACUCCACGAAGAGACCGCAUCAGACACGCAAAGCUCCACCUCGGAACAGUUCCAACGAAGACGCCUUUGGUGGAUGCUCUUAUGGCAAGACACCUUCCUCUCCUUCACCUACGACCGCCCACCAAACGUGAACAAUCUAAGCACCAGCAUCCCCCACGACCCAGACGCAUGCCCGGGACUAUCAUUCGCAGAAUGCGUCUGCACCCUAUGCCAGAUCCUUCUCGAGCGAGCACGGCAAGAAAACACAGAAACAGUCAACGAGAUAUUAUCCUUCAAGGGUCGAAUGGCCGCGAUCUUCGAAACUGCCUCCCCCUUCCUCCAGGACAAAAUGAACUGUCGCAGUCUGCAAGAACACCUCGAGCGUCUGGCCCUGAGUAUCCAUAUCUGCUAUGCAAUCUGUCGGCUCUGCCGGCUGGUUCUGGAGACUGCGGAGUACGCAGCUCAUAGUACUGGUGUGGAUGUCGAUUCUAUCAGGAUGGAGUGCAUCGACCGCGCGGCAGAGGCUGUCGAGAGUUUCUUGGAUAUGCACCGUCUUGCAGCGACGGUGUGUCGCUCCUGGGCGUUUGUUCAUAAUGCUGUUAGCUGUGCGCUUACGCUGCAGGGCCUAGUUGCUACUGGACCGCAGCGGUCUCAUGCGGAUAUGCUUGUUAAGCGUUUGAUUGCUGUACUGGAGCGCGAGGAACGGCAGUCUGUGUGGCAGGAUACGGAUACGAAUGUGCGAUAUUUUGGUCCGUAUUCACGGGCUCUCAAGGCCUUGCAUGAGACUAGUGGAGGGCACUGA